GGUCACCAUCUUGAGUGGCAGCAGAGGCGGAGCUCCCGGGGACAUGUUUAUUAAUCGCGGAGCUCGGAGGGCACCGCCCCAAGAGAGAAGGCUCGCUAACCGCCGUGGGCGGAGACGGACCGCCGUAGCCCCGCCCCCGGGCCCGGGCUCCACCUCCCGGGCCCACUUCCGGCGGGCGGGCGUUUGUCGGCGUCGCUGCCGUAAGUCAGGCAGCCGAUUUGCCGCAUCACGGAAGAUGGCGGCGGCGGCGGUGAACGGGGCGGCGGGAGUCUCGAGCUCGGGGCCGGCGGCGGCCUCGGGUGCGAUUCUACAGGCGGCGGCCGGCAUGUACGAGCAGCUCAAGGGCGAGUGGAACCGCAAAAGCCCCAACCUUAGCAAGUGUGGCGAAGAGCUGGGCCGGCUCAAGUUGGUUCUGCUGGAACUCAACUUCCUGCCAACCACAGGGACCAAACUGACGAAACAGCAGCUCAUUUUGGCCCGUGACAUACUGGAGAUCGGGGCCCAGUGGAGCAUCCUGCGCAAAGACAUCCCCUCCUUCGAACGCUACAUGGCCCAGCUCAAAUGCUACUACUUCGAUUACAAGGAGCAGCUUCCGGAGUCAGCCUACAUGCACCAGCUCUUGGGCCUCAACCUCCUCUUCCUACUGUCCCAGAACCGGGUGGCUGAAUUCCACACAGAAUUAGAGCGGCUGCCUGCCAAGGACAUUCAGACUAAUGUUUACAUCAAGCAUCCUGUGUCUCUUGAGCAAUACCUGAUGGAAGGCAGCUACAACAAGGUAUUCCUGGCCAAAGGCAACAUCCCCGCUGAGAGCUAUACCUUCUUCAUUGACAUCCUGCUUGACACUAUCAGGGAUGAGAUCGCUGGGUGCAUUGAGAAGGCCUAUGAGAAAAUCCUCUUCACUGAAGCCACCCGCAUCCUCUUUUUCAACACACCCAAAAAGAUGACAGACUAUGCCAAGAAGCGAGGGUGGGUCUUGGGCCUCAACAACUACUACAGCUUUGCCAGCCAACAGCAGAAGCCAGAAGAUACCACCAUCCCCUCCACAGAACUGGCCAAACAGGUCAUUGAGUACGCCCGGCAGCUGGAGAUGAUCGUCUGAGCCCACCAGGCACUGGGGUGGGGGCAGGGAUUACGUUAUUUAAAGCAGUUACAGUGCAGGGUUCCCUCCAAUAAAAGUGGAUUGAUGACCUAGGCCCUUGUCUCCCAGGUGGAAUGGUGGGGAGACAAGUUCUGACCUCUGAAGAACUUGGAAGUCUGGGGCCCCCAAAGGAUCUGAGAUAACCCAUUUGGGUUAGCCUCUGUCUAGUGCCCAUUGCUCAGAGUCUCAAAACAUGGAUCCACUGCAGGGGCCCAGUGGUGCUGUGUCUUGUGGUGGAGCACAGGCCCAGGACUGGUGUGGCCAGCUAUGGACACUAGAAGAACAGGCGUAGGCACCAUUUUUGCCAGUGAAGGGGGUGGAGUAUGCUCAUUUAAAAAAAAAAAAAAAGUCUGCAAUGAAUUAAACAGCUUUGAAAA